AUGAGGAUGCCAACAAAGAAAAGCGAAGGUUCGUUUGGGAGAGUUUGGAAGGGAUGUUGUGGGGGGUAUCACAUAGCUAAGGGGUGAUUUCAUUAUGUAAGCUGUAGGAUAUCGGGUAGACAGCAAAACAUAACACCCGAUGGCUUUAGCGCAACGCGUUAAGCACCUGUCAGUUAUCGUCGGUGAAAUAAAGAAACUGUGGGGAUUACUGUAGAAAAUCAUUUUUCGGCAUCUCGAACUCACAUUGGAGAUCCUCUACGUGCGAAAUUCAAGAUCUUGCUUAAACCUAAAAAUUUUUUCUAUGCUUCAAUAAAAAUUUCUUUUUUGAAGGAAAGGUAAAACUGAAAAAUCUUUUUUGUCACCACAAUUUUCCUUAUUUUACGCAUUCUCUUACUGUUAGGCUGUGAGAUCGUCGACUUUUUGAGCCUUUUCAAAGCCAGAGCUAAAUUUUAACAAAUUGAACUCUAGUCAAAAGAUGUGGGCAAAUUUAAAAUAAAAUCUUUAAAUCGCACCUUGAGCCUUUGCCCGGUAAAGCCUCUUAACUUUAAAUAGUCAACUUAUUUCACACAACCUUUAGCUUCCUUGUUUUUACCGCUCUCCUCACUUGACAUCCUUAAUGUUUUCCCUACAAAUUUCCCCAUUUUUCGAAGCGUGAAAGUGGAUUUCCAAAAAAAAUGUAAAUCUCUGAGUUUCUUUCACCUGACUUUUCUCCCUUCCUGCCCCAAGUUUGCCGUGAAAUUCCUGUGGAAGGCAUUUUGGAAACCUCUCCUUCUCCCCCUCCAAAUUGUGGCUUAGCAACGGUGCCGAUGCGUCUCUCACAGGGCGUUUUGUUGGCUGAAAUCGGUGCUUCUAUUACCUUUUGACUUGUAAUUGCACGCUAUUCCCUUCGAUUUGGCCGACGCAUCUACUGUCUUCGCUGAGAGUUGUCUCAAAAUCUUGGGAGAAUCUGCCGUUUACCGUAUUCCCAGCCGUUUUUUCGACGUUUCGGACGUGUUUUCGCUCUCAAAAGUCAUCCUUUUCUGUUUUGUAGGGUCCAAAAAGGAGGAUACUUUUUUGAAAAGUUAAACGUAUAGGAUGACGUCCUCAAAAUUACCGCCCAAUCCGCAUGAUAACAUUGCGGCGGUGGCGGGGAAAAACGGUACGUUUCAAGGUAAUGUCAGCGAUCCGGAUUCGUUAUUUACUCGAAUUAUUUCAUGGUUUUAGAUGAUCGAGACCCCACAGAAAAGACGUACCCUUGUAAGGUCUGUGGUCGACAUUUCAUCAAGAGCUCGCUUGUAAGUUGGAAUUGUAUUUUUUUUAGCUUUUGGAAUGACUGUUAUGUGUCUUUGAGAUUAUGAGAAUAAAUUAUAUGCUUAUUUUCAGGUCAAACAUGAACCGGCUUGCAAGAAACUUACAAAAAUGCAGAGAAAAGUGUUCGAUUCGGGGAAGCAGAGGGCCCAAGGAUCGGAUAUCCCCUUGACUGCAGUCAUAAAAGCCCGGAAGGAAAAAGAACAUGUAAGUGGAAAAAUUCUGAAAUUUCAAAAUAUUACCCAAGACUUGCUUUUUUCGAAAUUUUCCAUGACUACUCUAGGCAUUCCAGAAAUAUUCAUAAAUCUCAAAAAAUUUUAGCAAUUGCUUUCCAAUUCAGCCGAAGUAUUCAGUACCCUUUUUAGAUAGACUGUGGGAAAUGAAGAGAGAUGGUUAGAAAAAAAAACUGUCUCCGUUCAUAACCCUCUAAUUUUCGCAAAAAAAUAAAUUUUUUGAGUGGGAAAUUUUCUAAAACAGCAAAUGCUUUGUGAGCUUUUUGUUAGUUAGAGGGUAUGUAAAGUGAGGAGAGCCGGUGACGAAAAGCCUUUCUAUAAAUUUUUAUAUUUUUACUUAGAAACCAUUGAUUUAUAGUAGAAAAAUUUUACACCUGAUUUUUUACAGAGGCGGGUAAAAUUUUGAAACCCAAAAAUCACACAAAAAAUUAAUUGUUUGUAUUUUUCUACAUAAAAUUCUCAGGUUUAUGUCACAAAACAGUUUCAAUAUAUCUUGAAACAGCUUACAUUACUUCAAGCCCUAUCCAAUUUUAAUAACAAUUUUUAUAUUUUUUUUUGUUUUUCCCUAAGGCUAAGAUCACUUGUUUUAGGUGGGUGGAGUAUUCCCGCGGCCGAAAACCCAUUGGCGCGAACGGCAUCAGGAGUUUAUUGGAGCUGUGAGCGCUUCACGCCAGGUUGAGCAUGCCCUGAAAACCGGAGGGCCGUUGCCUCCCCCGCCAAAGACUAGUGUUAAUCCGAGUAAGAGGCUAAACUCAAGUCAUUUUCAACGAGAUAAAUGCAGUUUAAACUCAUAAUUUGGGGUCUUUAGAUUAUGUCCGGUGCGAUUACUGCGGCCGGUCAUUCAACCCAAACGCGGCCGAAAGGCACAUUCCCUACUGUCGCGAGAAGAAUGGGCGACAGAAGACAAUGGCCAGUCGAAGUCAGUCCGUAGGUCGGACACAGACCGCGAAGAGCACGGUAAGUUUUGCCACGUUUCAAGAAAAUUUGAUCGACGCCAAAUGUAAGACUUGGUUACAAAAAAUAUUAAUUUUAAAGCUAACACAAGGUUUCGUUGCUAAUCGUUUUCAACUUUUACGGCGAAAUUUGACAAUUUUUUGGGAUUUUUCAAACGAAAAUAUUUUUCAGCCUAUAAAAAAGUAAAAAUGAAAGUUUUUUACACAAAAAAUGCAAAAUUUUUCGAGCAAAAUUGGCUUGUUGGAUCACCGCUCUUCAUUUGUUUCUCAAAAUUAGCAAAAGAUCAGAGUCUUACCAGUACCUCCUCUAAUAUCGAUUUUUUCUAGGAAAACAGAUCCAAUUCACGCCGGCAAUCUCGCGAACACUCGCCAAUUCGAACUCCAGCCGCUCCUUUACAAUCAAGACAACGACAAAGGACCGGAUCUGGGAAAUCGCCUGCUCCGGUGAAUGGAAGGAUACCCACUGGAAUCCCUAAAUCGAGGGCGGGACAACAAGUUAGCAGUGCCAGUCAUACAAGAACUUCGGCUUUGCCAACUCCUGUCAAGUAAGGAAGUUAUCGGUUUAAUUGCAAAAAAUAGCAAAGCUAUGGCAAGCUUGACUCUUUUACAAUGAAAUUUGGCAAAGGCUCAGGAAAAAAAUUUUUGAGGUUUUCUGGGAAAAGAUCGAAGAUUUUCAAGGAUUUUUUUUAAAUCAGGGUUUUUAAAGAAAAUUAUGACACCAAAAAAAAUUUUAUGCAUUCUUUGUCUGGCGAUUCUUGGUUGCUAGUGAUCCUAAUUACUCGUAAUUUAUUUUCAGACGUUCCCGAUCAGCCCCACGGACAAUUUCGGCCACGUCUCGAGCCAGUACGGCCAAGUCUGGGAAAAGGUUAUAACUUGAUUGCUGUUCGAUAUACGUAUUUCGCCUGAGGCACUUCACUUUUUAUUCAAUUUGCGGUUUACACGCACUAUGAACAUUUAAAAUUCUUAACUUUAAUUGUUUGUAAAUAAAAAAACGUUUGCUUUGAGUGUGCUGCUUGAUGUGAGUGAAUGUUGUUUGGGGAUAAUAAUGUUAAUUUACGACUUUACUACGUUGGGGGUUUCAAAUAUUAAAAAUCAGGAGUUCUGUAGGCCAACUAUCGGGUUUGUUCUUUCGCAAAUGCUGGUCUUUUGUUUACAAAAAUUGUUGAAUAUCUUGGAUGACACUGUGUGAAGUAAAAUUUUGAAAAGUUAGAAUUUGAAUAAUCCUUGUCACUGUGCCUGCUUGCUGUUUUUUAGUGCUCUAGAAAUACUUUAUAACGCUAAAAACAAUCUCUUUAGUCCAAUCUCAACUCCUCGAACCCCCAAAACUCCCAAGACUCAAGCAGCCAAACCAAAGACUCCGAAGACUCCAACGAAGCCGAAGACUCCAAAAACUCCCACCAAAAAUGGCUCCAUCGUCAAGAAUGGCGCUCCAAAAACACCGUCAAAAUCGCUGAAGCCCAAAACUCCGAAAAGCCGGUCCAAAUCGCCGAAACCCGAACUCCGAGAGCUGAAUGGGUUCGCUGUGGCCGCGCCUUUGUCCAGAAAUCGAAGCCGAAGCAAAGGUGAUUUGAAGAAAAGUGGGAGUGCAAAGAAUAUUAUGGAUUUGGAAAGAAUACCAACCAGAAGUGGGUCGAAGAAGGGCAAGAAAUAA